AUGAUGUUCGCAUUGGGCCAAGCCAUCUUCGUCUUGCUAUUCCCAGCGGCAUUGGGCGUCGACAUCACUAGUGACCGCAGCCCCAAAUACGUUUGCGUCUGUUCUACCAUCUUUCAAGUCUGUUCUGCCCUCGCCCAGGACCCUGAGCUAGAGAGCAAGGUGCUUGUGCCCAAUACAGAGAUAUACGACAAGCGUCUGCAGUCUUACUAUUCCGCCAACGCUGCGCAAGCCGCUUGGUGCAUGGUUCUCCCGGAAAACACGUUAGACGUGUCACGCAUUGCUAAGGUCAUCUCCGAGCAUCAGUGCCCGUUCGGUAUUCGGAGUGGCGCGCACUCUGCCUUCAAAGGGUCCAAUGGUGCUGAGGAUGGUAUCACCGUUGACUUUGGCUAUAUUAACACGACGACUUACAACAAUGUGACCAACAUUGCUUCGAUAGGUCCUGGCUCUACUUGGGAGAGGGUCUACACGACGCUCAGGGAUGACUGGAAUGUGACCACUGUUGGUGGUCGGGCCUCAGUCGUCGGCGUUGGAGGUUUUGUGACUGGCGGUGGUUACUCCUUCCAUACCAAUGCCCACGGCUUCGCAUGUGACACUGUGACCAAUUUCGAGAUUGUUCUCGCAAACGGCACCAUAGUCAAUGCCAACUCGACUUCGAACCCUGACCUUUUCAGAGCUCAGAAAGGCGGCUCCGGCAACCUGGGCUUCGUCACCAGAAUUGAUCAAAAAGUUAUCGAACAAACCGACAUGUGGGGAGGUCUCACUCAGUACAACCUGACGGAAAGAGACAAGCUCUUCAGAGCCUAUAUCAACUUUGCCAAAAAGAUGGACCAGGAUCCUGCAAGCCAGAACAUUGUAGGAAUGUCUUGGGGGCCUCACAGGGGUUACGGUUUCAGAGGAAUCUUGACGAACAGCGACGCCGUUAGCAAUGCUGCAGCCUUUGAUGAGUACAAGAACAUACGUAAUAUCAGCAGCACUUCUCGCGUUGCGGCCGUUGCCGAAAUUGUCCCUGAGUUCACUGGUCCCACGCCACUCGGUCAAUAUUCAAGCGCCAACUGGUUCGUUGGCCAAUUCCAAGACGACUUCCGUAUGAUGACCUUCGUCGACGAUAGACUUCAAGUACACGGCGAGCAAUUGGACAGGAUAGCACAAGAGAUGGAACAAGAAAGUGGACAGAAUAUAACCUACGACGUUCUCGUACAGUUCCAGCCCUUCACGAAAUCAAUGGUCAAGCACAGCCAAGCGAAUGGAGGCAACAUCCUUGGGCUUGAGGACGUGGUGGCCGAUGGGCCCACGACCAACUGGCUUGUCAUUCUAACAUGUGAAACACCCGACGUACAAGACAGGAUGCUUCCACUCGCGCAGGAGUUCCGAAAGGAAAUCGACGCUUACGCCAAGGAAAUUGGGGUGUACAAGGACUGGAGGUACCUCAACUAUGCUUGGGCUGACCAGAAUCCGAUCGCGUCGUACGGUAAGAAGGAUGUGGCGUUUCUCAAAGAUGUUGCGAAGAGGGUAGAUCCGGAUGGUGUUUUCCAGAAACUUAGGAUCACCGGAUUCAAGAUCCCGUCUUAA